AUGUCUUGUGUGGACAAAGACACCCACAGGCUGUCCAACAGUGGGACAACCCUCUACACAGUGUUGGAGCUUAAGAAGGGUGCCUCACCUGAAGACAUCAAAAAGGCCUACAGGAGACUGGCCUUGCAGUAUCAUCCAGACAAGAAUCCAGGGAACCCUCAAGCAGCAGAAUUCUUCAAAGAGAUCAACGCAGCCCAUUCUGUGCUAAGUGAUUCUAAGAAGCGGAAAAUCUAUGACCAGCAUGGCUCAUUGGGAAUAUACGUAUAUGAUAAUUUUGGCGAAGAAGGUGUCACAUACUAUUUUAUAAUGCAGAAUUGUUGGUUCAAGACACUUGUCAUACUUUGUACACUGCUAACUUGCUGUUGUUGUUGCUGCUGCUGCUGCUAUUGCUGUGGAACACUUAAACCACCUCCUGAGGAGUUGAAUAACGAUUAUCAACAAAAUGUCCAUACUCAACCUCCAAAGUCAGGUGCUGGUUCCAGUGAGGGUUCCCUCUGCUGCCCAGUCCACUGGACACGUUGA